AUGGUCAGUUUAAUGGACCGAUCCAAUCUUCCUAACGCCGCCAUUGCGGGCAUGACCGCCGAGCUUAACUUGAAUGUUGGGUUCCGAUAUUCCACCAUUGCACUUGUGUUCUUCACGACCUACACCAUUUUCCAGCCUCCAGCAACAGUCUUGACGAGAAAGCUUGGGCCCCGACCCUUCCUGUCUGGCUUGUGCUUUGCGUGGGGCGUUGUCAUGAUCGGGUUCGGAUUCCCCAACGAUUGGACAGUAAUGAUUCCGCUUCGCAUUCUGCUUGGGCUUUUCGAAGCAGGUUUCUUCCCAGGCUGUGUUUAUCUCAUUUCGACAUGGUACGCUCGAUAUGAUAUGCAAAAACGAUACGCAGUUUUCUACCUGCUCGGCUCCUUGGCGUCGGGGGGAAGUGGCAUCCUAGCUUUCGGCUUACAACAGAUGGAUGGUCUAGCCAAUUACCGAGGAUGGAGAUGGAUCUUCAUCAUCGAAGGCGUCAUAACCUGUCUUAUUGGCAUUGCUGGAUAUAUUUUCCUUGUGGAUUUCCCCGACCAAGCCAUCAAGAAGAAUCAUUGGGGUUUCCUCAAGCAAAAUGAAAUCGAAUUCGUCCUUCGGCGCAUCAACAGGGACCGAAAUGACGCCGAGGGUGAACCCUGGAACUUCAAAAAGUGGGCCUCAGCCGGCAAAGACUGGAAAGUGUGGAUGUUUGCAAUGAUCCUGUUUGCACUCACCACCAUGGCAUACGCACUAAGUUUCUUCCUGCCGGUUGUCUUGCGAGAGAACAUGGGGAUGAGCGUGGGCAUGUCGCAGUGCUUGUCAGCUCCACAGUAUGUUUUCGCAGCCAUCCUCAUGUACGGCCUGGCAUGGGUUGGCGACAAGUACCAUAUCCGUGGCCCUCUGCUGUUGGUCAACUGUGCACUUGGUCUCAUUGGUCUACCGCUUCUGGGCUUUGCGACUCAACCUGCUGUACGUUUUGUCGGCACUUUCCUCAUUUGCGCCAGUGCUCAAGGAGGCAUCCCCACGUGCCUUGCCUAUCAAGGCAACAACAUCCGCGGGCACUGGAAACGAGCAUUCUCUUCAGCCACGCUGAUUGGCUUUGGCGGUAUUGGAGGUAUCGCUGGCUCGCUCAUCUUCCGCAGCCAGGAUCGCCCUCACUACCGUCCAGGCAUCUAUGCAGGUCUGGCAUGCAACGUACUUAUCAUCGCGAUUGUGGUGAUUAAUACGAUCAUCUUCCGUCGGGAAAAUCGCAAGGCUGACAAGGAAGGGAAGAUCCUGGAGGGCGACCCUAACUUUCGUUACACGAUUUGA